AUGAUAUAAUCUGAAAAAGAAGAAAAAUAAAUCUUAGGCUCGCAAAAAGUUUCUGAUCUCAUGAUAGUUUUAGCCAAAAAGAUCAUGUUGUUAGUUAAAAAUACAGUUGGAGGAAAAAAAUUCAUUAAAAUAUUAAAAUCACUACCAAAUUUAGAAUUAAGUCAGGAUGAUAAUCUAUUCGAUCUAUUAAUACUGGGUAAACCAACAAAACUUUACCCUCAAAUAGAUCCUUCAAAUACUAAAGUUGAUCAAUUCACUAUUAGCGAUUCUGCAGUAUUGAAUUCAUAAUCUACAAUCAUAGAUUCUCAAACAUCAAAAGGGCAAAGCUUAGAUCAAUCUCUUGCAGUCUAUACUUAAAAUAAUGAGAUAAUUUAAAAACGUGUCCCAACAAAUACUGAUAAGUAAGUCUUAGAUAAAACAAAUUAGAUGGAAAUCCCUAAUCAGAUAAGCAGCAUAGAUCAAGCAUUCAUGACGUAUGAUAAAGGAGUAGUUCAAAUCCAAUAAAGACUUGAUUUGUUAAUUAACUAACGAUCCUAAGAUCAUCAAGAAGUAAUGACUAAACUUGAAGCAAUAAAUUCUUAGAACCAAGAAACCAGGAACAAUGCAAAUGAAAAUAGUCAGAAGUUUGGUUAAUUAAGGAAUAUAAGUAGUCAUAUUUAGCAGUCUUAGGAGAAAUUUCAAUCAGAAAUAGAGAGAUCAUAAGAGAAUAUUCUUUCAUCAUCAGAAAUUAGAAGGUAAAAUAAAGAAUAAAAUAUUGGGCCAUUUACUGAUAACAGAGAAGUUUAAAGAGAUUUAAAUUACUUCCAAAGACGAAAUAAAAGCAGUGAUGAUCAAGCUGACGAUGGGAAUAGUAAAAUAAUAGCAAAAAGUGACAGUAAAUCUAGGAAAAAUCAUUUUGAGAACUAUUAGAACUUUAAAAAUGAUGCAAACACGAAGAAAUUUAACCAAGUACAAGACAGAUAUCUGAGAAAUGAAUAGGAUAAUAAUCAACCUUCGGAAGGGUAUGUGACAAAAGCUUAGAUUGAUUCAGUGUAAUAGGAGUCAGGGAGAGUCUAAGAUCAAGCAAUCGUUCAAUUGAAAAGUUAAAAUAGAAAAAGUAGCUAGAAAUCAAUCAGAAAAGGGCAUUAGUAAUUAAGUCAAGAUCCUAUAUUCAAGAAAGGUGGAUUAAGAAAAUAAGACUAAGUAUUAGCAAAGAUUAUAUCAAGUCAUAAAGAAAAGAUGAGAGUAUAGCUACCUAAAGAUAAGAAGCAAACUGUCGUGUUCCAUAAUAACUUCAAUGGCAACCUAAUCAUUGGAUCUAAUGAUAUCUGUACAAGAGUUUACGAGAAGAAUCUCUAAGAUCUUUCUGAAUUUUCAUUGCCAGCAGAACUUAUAUCAAUAAUGGCCUACCCCGUUAAUAAUCACAUCUUUUGCGGUCUUAAUGAUCUCACUGUUGCCAUUUUAGAUUAGGAAGAUUACUCUAUGGUCUGCUAGCCCUUAAAAACAAAAGAAGUGGUAUAGAAAUUUAUUCUUUAUACUCAUUAGAGUGCCUAAGACUUAGACGAUAUUGAUUUAAUCAUAUUCUUAGAGAGAGAUGGCUACCUUGAAUUUUAUAGUCCAAGAAAAGGUCUUAUAGUCUUUACAUAUCAACAUUCUUGCAAGCUAAGCAUUUAAGAUGGAAUUUAGGUAGUUAAUGAAAAUCAACUAUGUCUGGGCUUCGCUUAACUGGUUGAUUAAGCUUAUAAAUAAGGAUAAGUUUCUUUUCUAGAAAUAGACUUGCAAAUAAUUAAGAAGAAGGACAAUAGUAAAAAUGAUGAAUACAUUAGUGAGUAGAUAGCAGUAAAAGAGUUGAAGAGUGAGGAUAGUUUUGUUGGCAAAUCUGUAUUCUGCAUCCAGCAGAUUUCAUCUAAUGUCUUCAUCAUCUGCAUCAUCGAUAAGAUGAUUAAAAUUCUAAAUAGAAAAAAUCCUAAGGAAAUCCACGACAUAGCGAACCCUUCUUAGAGCAUAAACUAUAACUCAUUGAUAAAAAUUGAUGGUUUCGGAGAUGAUCUUCCUUAUUUGAUAUUUAGAGACUCAAGGAGCAUUGGCAUUAUCAAUUGCAAGACAUUAGAUGCUAAGUUAAUUUUAAAUGAAAUUUAAUACGCUAGAUGUGGAAAUGUUUUUAGCUUAGAGUAGGCAAGAGAAGAUGAUGGAAGUCUAAGCUUAUAUACUUUUACUUUUGAGAGAGAGAAUAAUAAAAGAGAAUUAAGACAUAUUUCAAUCAAUAUAUGA